CGGACGUGGCAACGUCAUGGAAGUGAGUUGCGUGCAUUUAGAGCCAUCUGCGCGGGUGACUUUGCCCUUUGGGUGCAUUCUUCAAUUCGCCUCGACACCGACACGGACCAGUACACAGCAUGGGCAACGCAGCCUCGGACAUCUCAAUCUUCGCCGACGGCGAAAUGGAGCACGAGUUUGCAGCGCACGGCGGCACGGGCGACGUCUCGGUCAAGGAGCUCAUCUCCGAGGGCUACAACAUGGUCAUCGACUCGGUCAUCCGCCCGCCGCGCGCCACGUACGACCUCGAGGAGCUCGGGCCCGAGACGCUGACGCUGCAUGACCCGCUGUCGCAGGAUGUCGUGUACGCCAAGCGCGUCGACUUUACGCUCCGCAACGAGCGCCACCUCAACCUCUCGUGCUCGCACUGGCGGCUGCUGCAGAACGACGAGCUGACGCCGCGGCCGAGCUCGUGCUUGGUCUACCUGCACUCGAACCUCGGCUCGCGCAAGGACGUGCUCAAGCUCCGUGACGAAGCGCUCGCGCUCGGCUUCUCGGUCCUCGCGUUCGACUGCUCGGGGUCGGGCAACUCGGACGGCAUCUACGUCACGAUGGGCUGGAACGAGUCGAUGGACCUCAAGAGCGUGCUCGACCACCUCGAGGGCGACGACAGCGUCCUCGACGUCGUCCUCUACGCGCACAGCAUGGGCGGGUACCCCGCGCUCCUCAACAUUGCGAGCCGCGCCCAGGACAAGACGCACGAAGUUGCGAUCGCCGGCGCCAACGUCGACGCGAUCCCCGCCCCCUUCCGCCGCAGCAACAUGGCGCCGUACACCAAGCCGAUCCGCGGCCUCGUUCUCGACAGCGCGUACAGCACGAUGGACAUGGUCACAGACGAGCUCGUCAUGGGCGUGCGCCAGGAAGGCUUCCAAAUCCCCAAGAUGCUCCUCAAGACGGCCACGAAAUGGGUCGAAAAGUCGGUCGAGAAGCGCGCGGACGUCGACCUCACGGUGCUCCGCCCGGUCGAGUUUGCGCCCAUGUGCAAAGUGCCCGCGCUGCUCGUGUACGGUCUCAAGGACGAGUACAUUAUGCCGGAAAACGCCUUGGAGCUCGACGCCAAGUACGCAGGCCCGCACGCGACGAUGGCCCUCGACGUCGACCACUACGCCAAGCGCGAUCUCCACUCGUACCGAACGUCGCUCCUCUUCCUGCGCACCGUCGUCACCAAGCUCAACGAGGCCAACUACGAAGAAACCUUGUCGCCGCCAUUUCAGGACGAGCUGCGCCGCAUCAAGGCUGCCGUUUUUCGCAAGGCGGCCGUGUAAUAAUGACAUACCAAUGAUCUUUGUCAAUACGACGAUUGUCCUAUUGUCCUUGCCACCAGAACCGAAUAAUGU